ACCGAGCCCCUCCAGUGGCGCCCGGCGGUGCGGGCCAGCCUCUCCUGCUUCCACGCGCGCGCACGCCCGCUGCGGCCCCGCGCACUCCGCCAAUUCGCCCAUCGCGCCGCGCACACAGCCGCUCGCCGAGCCCGCGGCCGGGGCCCUGGCGUGCAGCGCGGGCCUCGGCGGGGCCCAGCGCCCCAGCCCGGGAGGAUGCGGCCCGGGGCGGCCAGGGAACUGAGCAGGGCCCCCGCGCCGUCCCCCGCGGGCCCGGGCUUCCAGAGCCGCAGCCGCCGCCCCGCCCCCGGGAGACAUGACUUCCAAGCCGCAUUCCGACUGGAUUCCCUACAGUGUCUUAGAUGAUGAGGGCAGCAACCUGAGGCAGCAGAAGCUAGACCGGCAGCGGGCCCUGCUGGAGCAGAAACAGAAGAAGAAGCGUCAGGAGCCCCUGAUGGUGCAGGCCAACGCGGACGGGCGGCCCCGGAGCCGGCGGGCCCGGCAGUCGGAGGAGCAGGCGCCCCUGGUGGAGUCCUACCUCAGCAGCAGUGGCAGCACCAGCUACCAAGUUCAAGAGGCCGACUCACUCACCAGUGCGCAGCUAGGAGCUGCCCGCCCAACAGCACCAGCCUCAGCCAAGAGAACCAAGGCAGCGGCUGCAGCGGGGGGCCAGGGCGGGGCCUCUAGGAAGGAGAAGAAGGGGAAGCACAAAGGCACCAGCGGGCCAGCAGCACUGGCAGAAGACAAGUCUGAGGCCCAAGACCCGGUGCGGAUCCUGACUGUGGGCCAGUCAGACCACGCUCAGGACGCGGGGGAGACGGCAGCCGGCGGGGGCGCACAGCCCAGUGGGCAGGACCUCCGUGCCACGAUGCAGAGGAAGGGGGUCUCCAGCAGCAUGAGCUUUGAAGAGGAAGAGGAGGAUGAGGAUGAAAAUAGCUCCAGUUCCUCCCAGCUAAACAGCAACACCCGGCCCAGCUCCGCUACCAGCCGGAAGUCCGUCAGGGAGGCAGCGUCAGCCCCCAGCCCGACAGCCCCAGAACCCUCGGCGGAUGUUGAGGUCCAGGAUCUUGAGGAGUUUGCACUGAGGCCGGCCCCCCAGGGUAUCACCAUCAAGUGCCGCAUCACGCGGGACAAGAAGGGGAUGGACCGGGGCAUGUACCCCACCUACUUUUUGCACCUGGACCGUGAGGAUGGGAAGAAGGUAUUCCUCUUGGCGGGAAGGAAGAGAAAGAAGAGUAAAACUUCCAAUUACCUCAUCUCUGUGGACCCAACAGACUUGUCUCGAGGAGGGGACAGCUACAUCGGGAAACUGCGGUCCAACCUCAUGGGCACGAAGUUCACCGUUUAUGACAAUGGAGUCAACCCUCAGAAGGCAUCAUCCUCUACUUCGGAAAGUGGAGCCUCGCGUCAGGAGUUGGCAGCAGUGUGCUAUGAGACAAAUGUCUUAGGUUUCAAGGGGCCUCGGAAGAUGAGUGUGAUUGUCCCAGGCAUGAACAUGGUUCAUGAGAGAGUCUCCAUCCGGCCACGAAACGAGCAUGAGACGCUGCUCGCACGCUGGCAGAACAAGAACACGGAGAGUAUCAUCGAGCUUCAAAACAAGACCCCUGUCUGGAAUGACGACACGCAGUCCUACGUACUCAACUUCCAUGGGCGCGUCACACAGGCCUCCGUGAAGAACUUCCAGAUCAUCCAUGGCAAUGACCCGGACUACAUCGUGAUGCAGUUUGGCCGUGUGGCAGAGGAUGUGUUCACCAUGGAUUACAACUACCCACUGUGCGCGCUGCAGGCCUUUGCCAUCGCCCUGUCCAGCUUUGACAGCAAGCUGGCCUGCGAGUAGAGUCUCCUCGUGCCCUUUGGGGUUGCCCAGCCUGGAGUGGAGCUGCCUGCCCUACAGAGACAGCCCUGCCUCCCCUCUCUCUGUACAUAGGCCUGCUGCCAGCUGAACUGUCAGCUCUCAGUGGCUCCCUGGCCAAGCUGACUCGGACCUGGCUCCUCUGUCUCCACUGCAGAGACAGAGGACUGGGCUGGGGACGUGUGUGUGUGCAGGGACCCAAGGUCUAGACACACACCCCUGCUCUUGAGUUUGUAUCCUGCUGCAGGUGUGUUUGCCCAGCUGGGCAGCCUCUUCGGCUGGGAAGAUAGGAAGAAACAGAGGGAGAGGAAGCACAAUGCAGGGCUGCUGUGGUCCAGCCACCCACUCAGUCUGGGAGUCAGGUGACCUUGGGUCCCCAGUAGUGAAGGGCACAGUGUGAGUGUGUACGUGUGUACUGGGUACACCCAUUUUACAUACAUAGUAGGGCUAGGAUCGGCUUCCAGGCCCUUGGUUAACUCCAAAAAGUCCUCUGACUUCAGAAGGCCUCAGCCAGCCUAGAAGUUACAGGAGUUUGGGAAAGGUUGAGUGGCAAGACCUUGUCAGGAUUGCGGGGGCCUGGCUUUGGCUGUGGGAACUGGCUGGUGGCCUGGGGUUCCCGCUCCUUUGAUUCCUCUAGGAUUUGUCUGUGUGCAUAGAGGCGGCAGGAGGUACAUGGCACAGGCCCCUGGACCAGGGCUACGUUGGGAGUCCUGACAGCAGCCAGAGGAGCUUUCUGUGGAGCAGCUCCUGCCCA